AUGACAGAAUCUAAGGAUUUGAUUCGAUGCGAGUCUGAUAUUAGCGCCCAAGUUACGCCUACUAUUGCAAUCGACUCACAAGAAUGCAGAAGAAUUAGUGGUCCUACGAGGAGAUCAACUAAAGGAGGAUGGACCCCAGAGCAGGACAAACUCUUGAUGAAUGGUGUGCAGAGGUACAAAGGAAAGAAUUGGAAAAAGAUUGCUGAGUGUGUUCCUGGGAGAAAAGACAAGAGGAAGACUGAUGUCCAGUGUCAACACCGUUGGCUAAAAGUUCUUAAUCCUAACCUCAACAAAGGACCUUGGAGAAAAGAGGAAGAUGAUCUCUUGAGUGAAUUGGCUAAUGUCUUUAUUGAGAAUGAUAAGCCUAAAUGGUCCAAAAUCUCCAAACAACUCCCUGGUCGCAUUGGCAAGCAAUGUCGUGAAAGAUGGCAUAAUCAUCUAAAUCCGACUAUCAAAAAAACUCCGUGGACUAGAGAAGAGGAACUGAUUCUCAUUCAGGCACAGAGGGAUCAAGGCAAUAAGUGGGCCGAGAUUGCCAAGCUCUUGCCUGGAAGGACGGAAAAUAAUAUCAAGAACCACUGGAAUUGCUCACUUAAGAGGAGAGGGGAACACCUUGUUAGUAGCACCUUGUCUGGUUGUGGUUCAACGUCAAGCUCUGUCAAUCAAAGCAAUAUGAUGCCUGUAAGAUCCAAACCAUUUCAAAUAAAGGAAUCUGGCAAGAGUCCUCAAAGGGACUCACUGGAAUUAACUCUAGGGCCCCCCAUGAACUGGAGGAACACGUCUUCAUCCACAAACUCUGUUAAAGUGGAUGAAGAAUCAAUAAUCUCAUCAUCAGUAGAAUCUGAUUGGUUAAGACACAAUAGCAAGGUUGAAAUAUCUCAGUGGACACCUUCAGAUGAUCAUCACCACAAGACAACUCCACAAUUAACAACUCCGCCUUGUGUAAAAUUAGUUCCAGUGAGUCCGGAAACUCCACAGAGCAGCAGCGAUGGAAAAGAAGUGAGGGAGAUCAUAGGGAGAUGGAAAAUGGCUGCGAGUACUUUCGAGAACACACCUUCCAUAAUCUCCAGAAGAAGAUCAUCAUCCUCAUGGCGUAAACAAGAAAACGAAUCAUCAUUUCAAACAGGUGCUCGAACUUACCAGUCAAGUGAGGAAGAACAUUCAGUUUCAAAUUCUUCUUCUACUUUCAGCUCCUUACUCAUGAAACACAGCAACACUUGUUCAGGUUCAAAACCCUUAGAGAGGCGCUUGGAGUUUGAUUUUAUUUGA